AUGUAUACAAACACGCUAAGCCUGUUCCUGGCUGCUGUCUCAGGCUUGACGCUGUCGGAAGCAUCUGCUCUCCCACCUCAUCCUCCUGCAGGCUCUCCUGGUGGUCAUCCUCCUCCCCCUGGCCCUGGCAUUGGUCCUCACGGUCAUUCUGGGCCCAGGGGUCCUCCUCCUCCCCCCGGUCCCCCUGGUCCUCCUGGUGGUCAUCCUCCUCCCCCUCCUCCUCCCAGUGUUCCUACUGUUCAACUUCGUAACGGCAGCUACCAAGGCUCUCUCCGUUUCUCCUCCCCCAAGGCUCUCGAUGAGGCCUGGACUGGUCACCGAGAUGCUAAGGAGUUUGGAUGGAUGUGCAUCGGUUAUGGUUCCGAUACCCAGGCCCUUGGUAGCCCUGUCAAUGAGGACUGCUUGACGAUCAACAUCGUUCGUCCCUCUGGUGUCGAUGCUGGAGACGAACUUCCUGUCGGUCUGUGGGUCCACGGUGGUAGCUACACCAACGGCGGUUCCCGCGAUCCCAGAUACAACCUCAGCUGGAUUGUGGACCAGUCCGUCAAGGAGGGCAAGCCUAUCAUUGCUGCCUCCAUCAACUAUCGCGUCUCCCAAUGGGGUUUCCUCUUCAGUGAUGAGAUGCAGAAGGAGAACGCUGGUAACCUUGCAUUCAAGGAUCAGCGCAUGGCCAUGAAGUGGCUCCAGGACAACGUCGCUGCGUUUGGUGGAAGCCCCGACAAGGUCACCGUAUGGGGAGAGUCAGCCGGUGCUCGAUCCCUCGGUAUGCAACUUGUUGCCUACGAUGGUCAGCAUGAUGGUCUCUUCCGCGCUGCCAUCCUAGAGUCUGGCAGCCCUGUUGCCCUUUUCGGAAACGCUACUACGUGGCAAGGUUACUACGACGCUCUCGUCAAGAAGACUGGAUGCGAUGCCUCCUCCAACUCCCUCGACUGCCUCCGUGAGCUCCCCUGGGAGACCCUCAACAACAUCUUCAACAGCACCACUGCCCUCGGCGUCCCUACUCCUCCUCUUACUGCUGUUGUCGAUGGUGACUUCAUGACUGCUCAGGCUCCCGAGCUCCUCCGCUCUGGCAAGUUUGCCCACGUUCCCCUCCUGAUGGGCAACAACUUCGAUGAGGGUACCGCCUAUGGCAAGAAAGGAAUCAACACCACCGAGCAGUUCCAGUCUUGGAUCUCCAGCCUCGGCCUCGAUAAGGAUGCUGUCGCCACUGCUACCGAGCUCUACCCUGAUGACCCCGCAAAGGGUAUUCCCGCCUCUUUCGUCGGCCGACCUCAGAACGAGUAUGGUCUCCAGUGGAAGCGAUCUGCUUCCUUCGCUGGUGACUUCCAGCAGCACUCUGGCCGCCGUCUCUUGGCUGAGACCUUCUCUGGUGCCAACAUUCCCGUUUUCACUUAUCUUUGGAACGUCUACGUCAACGGCCUCCCCCCUAUCCUCGGAGCCACUCACUUCCAGGAGGUUGCCUUCGUCUUCAACAACAUCAAGGGUGUUGGAUAUACUGCUAACCCAUUCGAGGGCAAGCCUGAAACCUUUGUCCAGCUCGCUGAUCUCAUGAGCAAGAUGUGGGUUGCCUUUAUGCACGACGUUACCCCCAACACUGUCAAGACUGCCCCUGAGCACGUCGCCUGGCCUCAGUACACCCUUGAGGAGCCCCUUAACAUUGUUUUCGACGUGAACAAGACUGGACUUGGCUACACUGCUGUUGAUGACACCCAUAAGAAGGAGAUCGCUUUCCUCCUUGAGGACGUUUAUGCUUAA